ACGGAAAACAGAUAUUUCCUCUGCGUUUGUAUGCUUCUGUGAGGAUAAGACCCCUUCGCCUCAUCGACACUCCGAAGCUUCAAAGUUUCAAACGAAAGCUUCUCAGACUAUAAACCCUCGUUAUCUCAGUUUCAAUGGCGCUAGGAUUUCAACUGAAUUAGAGCUUCUCGCUGACUAUCUUUCAAUUGAAAUGAACUUGUCGGCAACUUUUCGCGGGAAUUUCGUCCCCUUAUCGCAGUGCAGCUCUUGCUGCGAUCUUCGUAUUCAACCUUAUUUGGCUGCUUCGACGGGUUCUUGGCGAAAACGGCACCGUCGUAGAAGCAGUUUGAAGCUCUACCAGGUUUCGAGUGCGAAAUUUAGAAAUUUGAGGAAGCAAGAGGUUGUUUGUAGAUUGAGUGAGACGCAGACCGAACCAGAUAGCAAUAAUGAUGAGGAAAAAGAAGUAAAUGAAAAUGAAGGUGGAGAUUCUGAGGAACCCCAUCUUGAUUCUCAGCCAAUAGUUGUAGACCAAAUAAACAAUGAUGCUGAAACUAAGGCUGAAUUUGGUGUGCAGGAUGUUGAUAAUAAUGUAGAAGUUUCUAGUGGAUCACCUCUGCCAGGUGUGAAGCCACAGCAGGGUGAAUCAAUCCGGAUUCCAAAGGAAACACUUGAUAUUCUUAAGAACCAAGUUUUUGGCUUUGAUACUUUUUUUGUGACAGCCCAGGAUCCAUAUGAGGCUGGAGUAUUAUUUAAAGGAAACCUGCGAGGAGUGGCUGCCAAAAGUUACGAAAAGAUAUCAAAGAGAAUGCAGGAUAAGUUUGGGGAUGAAUAUAAGCUUUUCCUUCUAGUCAAUCCUGAGGAUGAUCAACCAGUGGCAGUUGUAGUUCCACAAAGGACAUUACAGCCAGAGUCAACUGCGGUCCCAGAAUGGUUUGCAGCUGGUGCUUUUGGAUUGGUCACAUUGUUCACUCUACUUCUUCGAAAUGUUCCUGAAUUGCAAUCCAAUUUACUGUCAGCUUAUGAUAAUCUUGAACUGUUAAAGAAUGGUCUACCUGGAGCCCUUGUAACUGCAUCUGUUUUGGGGAUACAUGAGCUCGGCCAUGUUUUAGUUGCAAAAAGCACUGGAGUCGUGCUUGGAGUGCCAUACUUUGUCCCUAGUUGGCAGAUAGGCUCUUUUGGUACAAUUACAAGAAUUAUAAAUAUUGUACCCAAGCGUGAAGAUCUUCUGAAAGUUGCAGCAGCAGGACCAUUGGCUGGAUUUUCCUUGGGUUUUGUUCUUUUGCUUUUAGGGUUCUUCUUACCACCUAGCGAUGGUAUCGGUGUUGUUGUCGAUGCUUCUGUUUUUCACGAGUGCUUUCUUGUGGGGGGUAUUGCAAAGCUUCUUCUUGGUGAUGCGCUCAAGGAAGGCACUCCCAUAUCUCUUAACCCUCUGCUGCUAUGGGCAUGGGCCGCUGCAACUCGCAUCACAGGUGCCUCAAUUGCGCUGCUAGGAUUAUCAUCACUAGUUAGUGAUGUGGCAUUUUAUUGGGUAGCUCUGAUAUUCUUCUUACAGAGGGGUCCGAUUGCUCCCCUCUAUGAGGAGAUCACAGAUCCUGACGAUAAGUAUGUUGGCCUUGGCGUAUUAGUUUUGUUAUUGGGGUUGCUGAUUCUAGUUGACACAUACAACAUCCUUAUAUAG